AUGUCAAAUGACUGGGACAACAGCCAAUACUAUCGUCAUUAUCGUAGGGGGAGAAACAAUAGUCCUACAGCCAGGAGAACACCAUUACGUAAUAAACAUCCAAAAGAUUAUAGAAGAGAGAGGUCACAGGAAGGUCCAUCACAAAGACCAAAACCUCCUGUUAAUACUCAACCACAAUGGGAGAAAGUAGUAAGGAGGAAACAAUCAAGAUCCCCAACUAGACAAAAAGAGAGAUCACCAAGAUCUAAUCUAAUGAUAAAGAGCACUCAAAAUAUGGAUACACAUAGAAAUAAAUAUAAAGAUAGGGAAAACCCUACACACAAUAGAUUUUUACCAUUGACAACAUUUACCAAUGAUGAGGAUUUUUGGGAUGGCCACAUGAAGGGACGUCACAAGGACUCCCCUAUGCACCAUAUGUCCCCAGGAAAGAGAAGACGAAGUUUAGAAGAAGGGGAGUUAGAGGAGGGAUACAUAUACAAAAAAGAAAGGAGGGACAAAUAUCCAAGGAAAAUGGGAUUUUCAACCUUUCCAAACGAGAAUUAA